AUUGCAAUUACGAGUAGUAAUGAGCUGGAUUUUUCGUAAAUCAUAUCAACCUCAACAACCAGACACGACAUCUCAUGAACAAGCGAGAGACAAACAAGUUCAGUCGCUUAAAAAGCAAGUCCAAUUAAGUACGGGAGUUGUUCAUGAGUUGACGAGACAUGUUCAGUAUAGAGUUGACUUUGCAGUUGGUAAUUUACAGAUGAGAUUGAUGAUCCAUCUCCCACCUGAAUUUCCUCGAUUUCAACCAAAAAUGCAAGUCGACCCGCCAGUUGCUCAUUCAUGGGUUGAUACCCAGAUGAAUGUUGUGGGGUGCAAAGCACUCAAUGAGUUUAGGAUGCAUUCUGUAUUGGGCAACGUUGUUCUCGAAAUCAUAAACGAGUUUCGAAAAAAUCCUCCACAACUGUCUCAUGCUCCAUAUCCGUUUCCUCCACCAACACAUCACCACCACCAACCGCAAUAUCGUCCUCCACUGAUGCCUAACACGCAGCCGUAUCCGAAUCCCGGUUAUAGUGCUAAACCGCAAGUUGCCAUGCCGACACCGUUGUCAUCGAAUACGACACAUCAGCCGACUUUCAUGCCAUUGAGACCUGCACCUGCACCUCCACCUGUUAGUCAUCGAACAUCUCAGCAUACCUACAACGUUCCAGAAGUUCCCACCAAUUUUCCUGAAUUGAAGGAUCUUUCAAUCGACGAACUGGAAGAGUUCAACUCAAAGGAAGAAAAAGUGCACUCUUUUAUUGCAAACUUGGCUGCUGUAAAGAAACUACAAGAUGACCAAGCUGAGUUGAACGACGAAAUAGAAAGUCAAGCCAAAAUCAAUCUUGAGAAGGAGCCAGAAUUACAAGAGAAGAUACAGAAACUCACAGAGCAACACGAGACUCUAGCUGUCAUAAAGGAUGCAGUCCAAAAAGUUCAGCAAAAGCACCAAGAGGCAUGCAAAACAUAUUCCGAUUCUGCCGUGCUUGCUAAUCUUGCUGAAGAGGUGAAAAGUAUUGAUGAACUAUCGGAGACGGUUGCUGAACAAUUCCUUUCUGGUGAGUUGGAUUCAGAAAAUUUUAUAAAACAAUUUACUGACAAGAGAACGAUGUAUCACUGCAGGAAGGCGAAAGAAGAAAAACUACAGAAAAGUGUUGGAAAGAAGUGGUAGCAUAUACACGGUGUAGGAUCGUUUCAUAGUUUAGUUUUGAUUGAGAGUAUGGUGAAUGGACUUGCGUAAUCUGAUCGACAAAAAUAAAUAUUGUUGUGGCAGAAUGCAGUACUAAGUAAAUCGUGAAGAUGAA